UAACAGUUUCAUUGAUUAAACUACAUGGUACCAUCAUGAAGCUGCAUUUUGAUGCUAACUUUUCAAUACAAAAGGGUAAAUACAACGAGGACUCAAAAGCCGCGUCCAUUAGUAUUGUAGCCUCAUCAACCGCCGGUAUCGUCGCUCGGCUUGUUUCGAUGCGUGGGAAUCAGAACCGUCGCCCUUCCCUCCCUUCCCAAAAUGGACACGUUCCACCCAUCAACACCCCCACCCGACGAGUCGCACUCACACCAACUGAGCGACCCCCAUCUGAUUCCAUCUCCACCGACCAAGACCAGAAUGGCUCCCUUCAUUCUCAGAACGCCAUCGAGGCCAUCGCCCGGAAUCAAACGUGGUGGAUGAACCACCAAUUUGCAGCCCUGCAAAACACUCUGCUGAACGACUCUCCUCCACCGUCCGCAGUGAUCCACGCCGGACCCUCGGGUGCUGCUACUACUCCAUUCACACCAUCAGCUGGGCCACAAGUACUAUGUCAAUUUGGGUCUUUCGGUCAAAACCCGCCGCCAUCUCCUUUUACUCCCUUCAAUCACCGCACUCCACCACAAACCCAUAUUGCUAGGUUCCCUCCAAAUCUGCAAUUUGUCACCCCACCACAGCAGUAUGGCUACCCACCGCCCAAUUAUGCUUACCCACCACCACCACCGCAACAUGUUCCCAACUUGGAAUUGCCUCGGUUUAACGGCCAAGAUGUCGAGAGGUAUCUCCGUGUCAAUCAUAUCCCUGCAUCAGUUUGGAUGACUUCUUACGAGGUUCACCACCCCAAUCCCACUUGGGCUGACUUCACAGAGACACAACAUGCUUUUAAUCCUCACCAGCCUUACCCCUUUCCUUACUCAUCUCCAAACCGAAACACCACUUGGUCAUUCCCUCCAGUCUCCUCCACCGCCAACUACCGCCUUUCCAAUCCAAACACCAACCCUUCCACCACAUAUCGCCCGAACCGUACCUUUCCCGCCACCGAGCAGCGUGACCGUCAUGCUCGAAGCCUUUGUAUCCAUUGUGCUGAACCAUACUCCAGCAAUCAUGUUUGCAAGCAACCUGUUCAAUGCGUGAAUGAACCAAAUCCCUUCAUCUCUUCAAGGAGUGUCUCUACCCAAUCACCAAUGAAGCCCCCAAGAUUUGUUUCUGUCCCUGACAGUGGCAUCUCCUCGCUGAGCAAACCUGAUGAUGGUGCCAAGUUUAGCCUUGUGUCUUAUAACAUUCUGGCUCAGGCAUAUGUGAGGAGUAACUUUCCACACUCUCCAUCUGCUUGUCUCAACUGGAAAGCCCGCUCGCAGGCAAUUUUGAGUGUUCUUAAGAACCUUGGAGCCGAUUUUCUCUGCCUACAGGAAGUUGAUGAGUACGAGAGCUUUUACAAACGAAAUAUGGAGAGCAGUGGUUAUUCUAGUACUUACAUUCAGAGGAGAGGGAAAAGGCACGACGGAUGUGGAAUUUUUUAUAAGCAUAACAUGGCAGAGUUGGUGAUGGAGGAUUUUAUAGAUUACAAUGAUCUUGUAGAUUCGAUUCAAGGGCGAAAGGUUCUGGGUGUUGAUAUAAAAUAUGACGAGGAAGCUAGCGCAAACAAAAAUGUUCAUUCUUAUUCAGGUUCGAAUAAGAAUGAUCGUGGAGAUCCUAAUGAUCCUUGUAUCAGGCUAAAACGUGAUUGUGUGGGACUUAUAGCCGCAUUCAAGUUUAAAGGUCCUUCACAAAAUGUUGUUAUACUGGCAAACACUCAUAUUUACUGGGAUCCAGAUUGGGAAGACGUUAAGCUUGCACAAGCUAAAUACCUGAUAUCACGCUUGUCUCAAUUUAAGAAAUUGAUAUCAGAUAAGUUUGGGUGCACCCCAUUAUUACUUAUAGCCGGUGACUUCAAUUCAACCCCAGGAGAUAAGGUUUACCAGUAUCUUAUUUCGGGCAACUGUUCAUCUUCACCAACACUUGAUGUUCUUGAAGAUCUGCCUAUUCCUUUGUGCAGUGUCUAUGCUUCUACAAGGGGUGAACCACCUUUUACGAAUUACACCCCUGGCUUCACAGGCACAUUGGAUUAUAUAUUCUUUUCCCCUAGUGACCAAAUACAGCCAGUCAGUUUCCUCGAGCUUCCAGAACCAGAAUCCUCUGAUAUUAGUGGAGGAUUACCCAACUUUAAUCAUCCAAGUGACCAUUUACCAAUUGGUGCUGAGUUUGUGAUAUCCUGGGAAUAAAUUCCUUGUUAAGGUGGAACGUAUUUUCUUCUUCUUAAGUUCAGUUAUUUAGUUUGCCUAGGCUUUCUGUGCAAUUUUACUGUUCCACAAUUUAUUGACAAAGACAAGCCAAUCAGUAUGAAUAUUCUUGCAUAGGAUUUCUCGUCAGGGCUUAGAUCUUACGUUCCAUACCUUUGACUUCAUUCAUUUAACUUACAAUUGUUAUGGAGCAGAUUGUAACAUGUUUAAGUGACGGAUUUGAUUUGAAUUUAUAGAAAUCUUCUGGUUGUUCA